UGGCAGCUCCUGGGAUUGGCAAAGGCAUGCGAAGCACUGAGAGAAUGUGAGGAAGUUCCCGGGCUCCAUAUCCCUCUAUCCUGUGCCUGUGAGCCCCGGGGCUAGAAGGAAAGUCCAGGGCGGAGAUGAGGCUGCAGGCCUUCAUUUCGCGCUGUUAUACGACAGUCAUAGCGCCAGAACAUCCAGCCCAGCCGACACACGCCACAAGCAAAGGGGAUGUUUAAAAAAGCAUUACAGCACCUUAUUGAACAAAUUGAUUCCGGAGGUGGAUUGAUCCCAGCCACCAGUGCUUAUGAAUCAGAGAAGUUUCAACCUCUACACCUGGCCUACAGGAGAAAAAAUGGCCCAUUCUGGAGAAAACCAACAUAUUGCCCUACUGAAUUCGAACUGAAACAUGUACUAGUCGAUGAAGACACUUUGGUGCCAGUUCAACAGAAGGAGAUGCCCUUCAGUUUCUUGGAGACAGUGGAUGGGUUGAUCAAAGGAAAGGUAAAGGUCAAUCUUGAUCCGGUAACAGGAAAAGUUGAAUUAUCGAAAACCAGUUACAACACCGUUCAGCUGCAAGGAACAAAGCAACUUUACAUCAGUGUCUCCGAGCUAAUCGAGAGCCUGAAAAAACGAAAGCUUGGACGUUCUUGGGAGCUGAUUAAAAAUAAUUACUCAGGAGAUCUCUGCAUAGUAACCGAAACAUUAGUGUCUGUAGAGCCCAUCACACUGAAGAAAGUUAACAAAAGAGGAUCAGAAUUCUAUGUCACCUUACCCUACAUCUCCAAGGCAGGUACAGAAUGCUCUCUUUUGACAGAGAGGACACUGGGUAUUCCUAAAGGAACGGUCCUUGCGUACAAAGUGUGGGACCUGACCAUAUCAGAAGAUGAUACACUCUGCAUCUCAGUGCCAAAAAAGAAGCAACUAUCAAUCAAGCCUCAGCUGUGUCUUGACAAUAUAGACGGUAAAGUUAAUGUUAAAAGAGUGGAAAGCUUUGAAAUCUGCUGUGAACUUAAGUGUCUGGAAAAUGUUCUAAAGCGUCAGCUCCUCGACCAUAUAUGUCAGAUUAUUGAAGACUCUGAACUUCAUUCAGUCCUCAGUGACUUGCUCUGUGAUGCUUGUGCUGGAAUCAAAUAUAAACUCUCAGAUUUGAAUAAAUUUGAUACAAAAGGAAGAGAAUGUGCAGAGAACCUGCUGGGCAUCUGCAGUGAGGCUCAGUUGCAGAACGCUGUUGAGAACAAGCUUCUUAAAGCAGUUUGUCUUCUCAUUGCAGCAUUGGAAGAUCUGCCACCAGCAGCGCUGCAAUUGUUAGUUCAGAGUUUGAAGAUGCAGAUCCUACCGCAGCAACUUAACAUGGUCACCAACAUCAUCAAUGAUCUAGAGUAUAGCCAAGUAGGCCAGCUUCUGAAAGUGGAUACCCGAGGUUUGCCUGAGGCUGCAUUUGGAAUAACGGCAGGGAUUCUGAAUGAAAUCGGAAUUCAGAUGGAGAGAGAGGGCAUUCGAAAGAUGAGAGAAACAAGUCUCUGUGAACUGUCCAUCGCUUUGUACUGUCUGGAAGCACUGAGCAACCAUUAAAAGGGUGAAUCGGACAGA